AUCAUCUUCUUGUCCUACUGCUGAAUAGAGCAGUCAAAGUGUUUAAAUUUAAACAAUCGUUCUUUUUCAGUGUUCACGGUCUUUCUGAGAGACGUCUUUGGAGAUGAAUGUUUAAUACGCUGGAAUGAAUGAAAUAAAACUGCUCAGAUUUCAGGGAGUAAUGCAGGAAAUGAUCCUUAAGGGAUAUUUGGGAUCAUGAUGUUGGUGUAACUGAUCUGAUACUGAAGUUAUGAUGUAGGUAAGAAGAAGGAUCCAAAAGCCUCCAAAUAAUGUCUUGCACUUCCAGCUCAGUCCGGAGCAAAUAAGCAUGGAUCUGAAAAGUGAUUUCAUGUACCGUCUGGAGCAGGAUCAGGAAUUGCAGAAGAUCCAAGAAGCAAGAGAGGCCUUACCUGUGAAGAAUUUUGAAAGUGAAAUUCUGGAUGCAAUCCAUCACAAUUCUGUUGUCAUCCGUGGUGCCACUGGUUGUGAUAAAACCACUCAAGUGCCCCAGUAUAUCCUGGAUCUCUCUUCCCCCUUUCCAGCCUCCUGCAAUGAUUCUUUUCUUGAGGAGCAGUCAGGGCAUGGGACCCCUCAUGUGUCAGCCACAGGGACCCUCAGCCAGCAAGAGGUUCAGCCCAGGGCACAAAAAGAUGCACCUUUCAAUCUGACAUCAGAACUAUCACGGGUACCCUGGACCACUGGCAAUCAAGAGAGUAUCAGGGAUGCUACUCUUCAAGUAAAGCUCACCUCUGAACACAGCCAACAGUGCCAUCUGCUGCAGACUGAAGCUUUGGCUCAUUCUGGGAACAGACAGGAAGAGACACCAGGUUCUGGAAGAACCCAUCUCUGAAGGCCUUACUCACAUCCUCUAAAGAACAGAAGUACCCAACAAAACCCCACACCCAAUACCAAUAUUCCCACUGUU